CCCGAAUGGUCUCUCACACGCAUGAUCUUUUGACUCCAUUUUUCACGAAUUGUUACUACAAUUAGAAAAGUGGUUGUUUAACUUCACGAUCGUUUUUUUCAAUCGCGAGAUUCGUUUGUUAUUUUAAUGUUUUAGCUUAAACUAGAUGUCCAUAAUGAGUGACAUUGAAAUUGACCACAAACAAAAAGAGAUCUCGACUAAUUUGGACCAAUUUCCCACAAUGGGAAAUCUAUUUUCUAAAGAUUCUGAGUUAGAACUGAACAAUUUCGAAAACGGAGCCACUUUGGAGGAGCAUGGAGCAUCCAACUCGUCUCCUACAUCGAAACCUUUAAUAGCCGACACUGAUUACUUUUUCAAAUUCUUCGAUAAAUCGGUAAACAAAGACUCCCUCCAAAACUGUACGGAAGAUACGCUCGCAUUGGAAUCCGAAAAAAUUAUACUUAACGCGUUUCUUAAUGAAGUGCGAAAUGCUAAGCCAGCACCCUUGAAGAACUGGUCAGCUCUUCAACAUUAUAUUUAUUACAUAUAUCGUCACGUAAUCUCGUCUAAGCCUUGCAACAGUAACGAAAUUUUUUCGAAUGUUAUUAUUAAGAAAAUACGCGAACUAGUAGAAGGAUUAAUGCAAGAAGAUCUCACGCAAUUCUGCAUCCGUCUAGUUACUUUAAUAAGGGAGUACUCUAUAGUUACUAGAGGACAUUUUGAUGCGUUACGAUACCCCAAGGUUUCUUCGUACCUAAUCAGUAAGCAUUAUUUUAAUUUUAUGUAAUACAGUUAGUCAAUCCUAUGGUCACACUUUUCUUCAGUUUCACACACA